AUGUUCCUUCGCUCGACGUCGGACCACCUCACACCCACGUACAAACUGAAACGAUUGGAAUUGGAUAAAAAUCAUCACGAUCAUUCCAAUCAUACUAUCAACAAUGUCAUCCUCAUUCUCAACGGAACCUUUAAUCCCAUUCAUAAUAAUCAUUUAUUGAUAUUGGAGGAUGCUCGGAAUUAUGUAAUGAACGAAUUGAAAAUGAAUGUAUUGGGAGGGUUCAUUACGUUACGAGCAGAUUGUAGCGUAAAAAAGAAAUUAGAUGAAUAUCAAGCCCUUCAAGAUCAUCAAAUUAAUUUUAAACAAGGACAAGAACAGUUUUGGAGGGCAAUGAAGUCUUUUUAUGGAGAGGAUUGUCAAGCAUACAUUAAAGUAUUUAAUGUGAUUGGUAUUGAUAAUUUGGAGAAGUGUGGAAAACAAAUUUGUGAGAAUUUAAUAUGUGUGGUGAAUAGAGAGCGUAUUGAUUUUAAUUUAGAUCUAUGGAGAAAUGAAUUUGAGUAUCGUCGUAAAGUGCUUAUUGUGAAUGCUUCUAUUAUCAAGCCAAUAAGCUCAACUUUGAUUAGAAGUAAAUUCAAAAAUGGAGAAGUGGUAUCAACGGAAGAACUUCCACAAAGCGUUCUGAAUUAUCAUUUAGAGCAUGGUAUUGAUUACAAACAUUCAACAGUUCCAGAAGCGGAUGAAAAUCAAGAUAUUGACGUUUUUGAAAAGAUUCUAUCUCAUUGUUUAACAACAAAUCUACCAUUUAUACCAUUUCAAGAAUUGCAAUCAGAGACAGACCUUAUUCUUGGAAAAGGAGUUAAAGGUGAAGUGGUAACAAUGAUAUACCAUUCAAAAAAAGUUGCCGUCAAACGUGUUAAUUUAUCCAAAAAGCAUGAUCACAAAUUUGGAUUCAAACAUGCACUGAACCAAUUUUUAAUGGAGCUUGAACUACUUGCCUGUUUAAAAGGCCAUGAAAAUGUUGCAGAAUGUUAUGGAAUUACAUUAGACGGCGAGUAUGGUUGUUACGUUUUAGAAUUGUGUGAUUUUCAAUUACAAGAAUACCUUUCACAACACUUUCCACUCUCUCCCGAGCAAUGUAGAUCCAUCGUACUUGACGUGGCGCAAGGAAUGCAAUUUAUUCAUUCACACAAUGUUCUUCAUAGAGACUUGUCUUUACAGAAUAUCAUGCUUUGUAAAGUGCAGAUUGCAGACAAUGACACAUCAUCACCACAAACUCCAAAAUUUAAGGCAAAAGUCAUUGAUUUUAGUGUGAGUAAGAAAGUUGAUUGGAAAGUACAACCACCUCGUGGCUCCAUGAGACGCUAUGCUCCCGAAGCUAUUCAGAGCAAUACGGAAUAUCAUUAUGCAAGCGAUGUUUACAUGUUUGGAAAUGUUGUUUACGAAUUGACACAGGGACAUCAAGUUUUUAAGAAGCACGGCAAGGUUGCUGAUGUUUGUCAGCUCAUCCUUAGAGGAGAACGACCUGAGAUUUCCAAGAAAGUGAAAGACGAUGCAUUGAUUCAACUCAUGUUACAAUGUUGGACUCAUGACCCUACCAAACGUCCAUCUUUUAGUGACAUUAUUCAAUCAUUGUUGCUUGAGUAUGAAAAUGAUCAAUGUUAA